GCCAGCCAGUCGCUCAGCCUCAGAGGCACAGGCAGAGGGCGCCUGAGCCAUGUCCGCCCCCUGCGGCCGCUGCCGCCGCUCAGCUCCACGCGUUGAGGAGGCUCCAGCACCCCGGGCCCCGCAGCCGCUGACAGGCGUCCUGCGAGCCAAGGCAGGAGAGUGAGUUGAGCGGCUCUCUCCCCCCGGCGCCGGCUGCGCCUAGUCCAUGGGGCUGCGCUGCGUAUGUGCAGGCAGGGAGCUGCCGCAGAAGGAGGACGCCCCACUGGUGUGAGCAGCUGCGCUCUCCCUCUCCUCCCUGCCCUGCCUCACCUCCCUGCUCCUGAGCGAGCCCGGCUCGGAUGUCCGGUUUCCUGGUGGCUUUUCACCUGGCAAACUCCAGCUAACUUCGGUGAGCAAUUGCACAGCGGCCGGGCACGUUGGGAGCUCCCUUGCUGGGACCUGGUGCUGCUGCAUCUUCUCCAUCCCAGGGAUUCUGCCGCCUUGGAUCUCGGGGGGAGGCAACCAACAAAGCCGAGGAGCCUCACGAUUCCCUGCACACUCCUCAAGCUCCCCCCGCCCCGCCACGCCACGCACCCACCCUGCCAUCCUUGCACAAUGCACUUGCUGGGAUUAUUCUCUCUGGUUUGCUAUCUGGCUGCUGCUGCUCUGCUGCUGGGACCCAGGGAGCCGGCCACCGCCGCUGCCUAUGAAUCCGGGCAGGGCUACUACGAGGAGGAGCCCGAUUUGGGGGAAGCAAAGAAUUGCACAGGACAAAGUCAGAGCAGAACUCGAAUUGGAGGACCAGAUCUCAGCUGCUACAAAUUGUCAUAUUCUGUUAAAAUCAAUAGAAUUAUAUUCACAACAACUGACAGUGCAGAAUUGUUCCUGUGUUUUCUGGUCCCCAAAUGCCUCCAGCAAGGGAGCUUUUGUCACUUCUCUAGGGAGGUUACAGGCUCAUGCAAGCAAAGAGCUGGAAGAGCAGUUGCGGUCUGUGUCCAGUGUGGAUGAACUCAUGACAGUACUUUACCCAGAGUAUUGGAAAAUGUUCAAAUGUCAGUUGAGGAAAGGGGGCUGGCAACACAACAGGGAACACUCCAGCUUCGACCCAAGAUCAGAUGAUUCAGUAAAAUUUGCAGCAGCACAUUAUAAUGCAGAGAUCUUGAAAAGUAUUGAUAAUGAAUGGAGGAAAACUCAGUGCAUGCCACGCGAGGUGUGUGUAGAUGUGGGGAAAGAGUUUGGAGCAACAACAAACACCUUCUUUAAACCCCCAUGUGUAUCCAUCUACAGAUGUGGAGGUUGCUGCAAUAGUGAGGGGCUGCAAUGUAUGAAUAUCAGCACAAGUUACAUCAGCAAGACGUUAUUCGAGAUUACCGUGCCGCUGUCUCAUGGCCCUAAACCUGUAACAGUCAGUUUUGCUAAUCAUACGUCCUGCCGAUGCAUGUCUAAGCUGGAUGUUUACAGACAAGUUCAUUCAAUCAUUAGACGCUCCUUGCCAGCCACGCAACCACAGUGUCAUGUGGCAAACAAAACUUGUCCAAAGAAUCUUAUCUGGAAUAAUCAGAUUUGCAGAUGUCUGGUGCAGCAUGACUUCAGUUUCUCUUCCCAUCAUGGAGAUACUGACACUGCUGACGAAUUCCAUGAUAUCUGUGGACCUAACAAAGAGCUUGACGAAGAAACCUGUCAAUGUGUCUGCAAAGGGGGUGUACGGCCUUCAAGCUGUGAACCCCAAAAAGAAUUAGAUAGAACAUCGUGCCAGUGUACAUGUAAAAACAAAUUUUUGCCUAGUUCUUGUGGUCCCAACAAAGAAUUUGAUGAAGAUAAGUGCCAGUGUGUAUGUAAAAGAACCUGCCCUAAACAUCAGCCACUAAAUUCUGCAAAAUGUAUCUGUGAAUGUAUAGAAUCUCCAAAUAAAUGCUUCUUAAAAGGAAAAAGGUUUCAUCACCAGACAUGCAGUUGCUACAGACCGCCAUGUACAGUUAGAACGAAACGCUGUGAGCCUGGAUUUUAUUAUAGUGAAGAAGUGUGCCGCUGUGUACCCACAUAUUGGAAAAGACCGCUUAUUAAUUAGUGAAGAAAGCACUCCUUGCCAUUUUGGUGUACAUUUUUCCAUUAAAAAAAACAACUGUGUUAACAUUGGAAUUAACUGUGCACCAGAGAUCCUGGGGAGUCACAGAGACAGACACAUUGUGCUUUUUUCCCCCCAAGAAAUAUGGAAAGCACAUGUAGACAAUAAUGGGGCUCAUGUUGUAUAAAGAACUCACUAAGGACUUGUUUUUCUGCCAAUGACCAAACAGUCUUGGUUUUCCUCCUUGUGAUUUUUUUUAAAAAAAGAGAUAAUGACUAUAUAAUUUAUUACCACUAAAACAUUGUGCAGCAUUCCUGUUUAUAGCAGUAACAAUUGUUAAAGCUCACUGUGAUCAAUAUUUUUAUAUCAUGCAAAAUACGUUUAAAUAAAAUGAAAAUUGUAUUAUA